AUGGCAGAAUCGAUCAAAGAACCAACCAUCCAGAUGGGGCCUGUGACUCCGAAAGCAGGCAAACGUAAAUGGCUUCUCUCCCCGCCCAGUGACGAGAAGUCCGAGGAUGUUGCCGCAAGCUUUCUUGCCCAACUUGACCCAAGUAUCGCCGACGAGCCCGUCACACAACAAGAAGAAAGGAGACUGCUUUGGAAAAUCGACCUUGUCCUCAUCCCGAUCAUUUCUGCCACUUUGAUUCUGGGUGCGGUCGAUAAAGUCAUCAUAUCCAAUGCGGCCAUCUAUGGCGUCGGUAACAAGUUACACAGCGUGUGAUCAAAUCAUUGCUAAUGGGACUAGAUGCGCACCGACACGCACCUUACAGGAAACGACUAUAGUUGGGUGGGAUCUAUCUUCUACUUUGGAUAUCUCCUCUUCGAGUUCCCGGCUGCGUAUCUGGUCCAGCGACUGCCAGUUGCCAAAUUUCUGGUAUUUACCGUAUUCGGCUGGGCAGUGCUCAUGCUAUGCACGGCUACAACGCAGAGCUUCGCGGCACUCGCAGCCUGCCGCUUCCUCAUGGGUAUGAUGGAGGUUCCGGUCUUUCCGAUAUCAGCUAUCGUAACGGCCAUGUGGUGGAAACGAUCUGAACAGCCGAUCCGCAUUGCCUUUUGGUUCAAUCAGGGGUCAUCCAUCUUUGCUGGCAUCGUCAGCUACGGCAUUGGCCACACGCAUACUUCUAUCCACCCGUGGCGGCUUCUCUUUCUGGUCCUGGGUAGCUUUACGCUGCUCUGGUCCAUAGCGCUCUUCUUCCUCUUCCCGGACUCACCAAUGUCUUGCCGGUAUCUGUCUGAGCGCGAGAAGUAUGUCUGCAUCCAGCGAGUCAAGUCGAACAACACGGGCGUCGAAGACAAACGGGUCAAGUGGUAUCAGGUCCGAGAAUGCUUGCUGGAUCCCAAGACCUGGUUGCUUGCUCUGUUCGCAUUGGCGCAAAACAUUCCGAAUGGUGGCCUUGUCACUUUCUCUUCCAUCAUAGUGACGGGCCUGGGCUACAGCGCGCUUGCCACGACACUUUUGGGAAUUCCGACCGGCGUCAUCGCCACAGCAUGGCAGCUUCUGUGGAGUUUCAUCGUCGCCAAGUUUCCCAACGGACGAUGCGUGACCAUCGCAAUCAUGGAUAUAUUUACGCUGAUCUCUGCCGUGCUAAUGUGGAAACUGCCAAGAGACAACAAGCAAGGACUCCUCGCGGCGUACUACUCGUUCUACAGCUAUUGGGGUAGGUUAUCCAAAUGACGCGAUGGUAUUGUCCGGUAUGCUAAUGGAUAUGAUAGGGCCGUACGUCCUGGCCACUUCGAUCCCGAUGGCAAAUUCCUCCGGCCACAGCAAGAAGUUGACGAUCAAUGCCGUCUUCUUCCUCUCCUAUUGUAUUGGCAAUCUGAUCGGUCCGCAGGUCUUCCAGUCAUCUGACGCGCCCGACUAUUCGCAUGGAUAUCGGGGUCUAGUGGCGUGCAUCGUCGUCGCCAUGGCUGCAAUCGUCGGGUAUGGCCACCUGUGUCAUCGCGAGAACAAGCGACGUGAUGCACUGGGAGCUGUGGUGGAUUCGGAGUCAGAGGCGUUUUCCGAUCUGACCGACCGGGAGAAGGCGUCGUUCAGAUAUGUCUUCUAA